ACCACCGAUAUAACCGUUUCCCGCGUUCACGAAGAGCCUCUGCUUCUUCUUCUCUCUCUCUACAUUUCUUCUUCCCCUUUUUCUGCUUCAAAUGAUUUCUGAAACAACAAAAAAUCCGAAAUACAAUCUCAUAAUUGUAUUGCCAGCUUCUUCCCCAAAUCCUCCAGGUUUUGAUGUUUGAAGAGGUUAAUCGAAGGUAGAAUGGAUGCGAUGAGGAUGAUGAUUGUGGCUUUAAUUGUGAUGCUGCUGCUGCUUUUGGCUGUGGAAGGGAUCAAUACGAACGAUAUUUACAGUCCUUGUUUGGAUUCGAAGAUUCAGAGAUCAGAUGGAUUUACUUUCGGUGUAGCGUUUUCCUCCAAGGAAUCAUUCUUUCAAGAUCAGAUUCAAUUAUCGCCUUGUGAUUCUCGUCUUGCUUUGGCUUCUAAAAACGCUCAACUCGCUGUUUUUAGACCUGAGGUCGAUCAACUCUCUUUCCUCACCAUUAAUAGCUCCACAUUCAAUCCGGCUAUGAAUGGUGGGUAUAUGGUAGCAUUUGCUGGGAAGAAGUAUGCAGCAAGAUCUCUCCCAGUAAUGAUUACUGAUAAUUCUCAUACCAUAACUAGUUUCACUUUGGUUUUUGAAUUUCAAAAGGGCACUCUUCAAAACCUGUUGUGGAAGAAAUUUGGAUGUGAUAAAUGCAGCGGGGAUUUUUCAGUUUGCCUGGACAACCAAGAUUGUGCAGUUCAAAGCUCCAAAUGUAAGUACAAUGGUGGUUCUGUUGACUGCAAUUUAAGCAUACAACUUGCAUUUUCGGGGACAGACAAGAACCUGGAAGUCCUCAACUCCUGGUAUGAAGUCGACAAUCUCAGGCGUUUCUCCCUCUACAAACUUUUCUCCGAUGUUCGUGAUACCGUCACCAAUCCAUUCGGGUAAAAAUCUUUUACAUCUUCAGCUCUAUAGGCAAG